AUGGGUACAAGCACAAUGGGUAGCGAUUUACAUUCCGAUAAGCAGGACAAAAUGCUGAAACUACAAGCUCGAAAGAAAGAACUGGAGCAAAUGCUAGCUUCAAAAAAUGAGGAACUAUAUAAAUUAUGCGUACAAGAAGUACAAUUGACUGGUAUAAUGCCACCAGAAGCCCCACUAAGCCCCGAAAUUCCGAGAGAAAGAGUGGGCAGUAUACGGAGUGUCGAUAGGUCCACUGAUGGCACUGAUGUUCAAGACGGUGCCGAAAAUACAUCAAGGCGGCUGCGAUCUAAUAAUGACCGUGUUCACGAUUCCGAUCCGAACUUGCGAAAGAACCUUUCACAUAGACUGUCAACGCCCUCAAUAUCAGGUAUAUCAUCUAAAAGUACACACUCUCGGCAUAUGCGACGACCGGAAACCAGUUGCUCGAACUUCUUUCCGUCGCCGCCUCAAGAACGCAACCCUGAAACAUUUUCAAUACAUACAUCUCACACUUACCCUGCUUUGGCUGGCCGUCAUGACUCCAUUCCUAUGGAAAAUAUACAUAAUGAGCUUCAACAAGGCCCGGUUUACCGUCAUCAUACUCUCACAACUGAAUAUACAAAUAAAAUUUAUUACAAUAACCCAGCAGAAGCUCAUAAUGUUUCACGCUUAAGAGAAACGCAUUUCAGCUCUAGUCAUCCUGAUAUAACUACUCAUUAUACUCAUGGAUCUAUUAUGCCUCAGCCCGUAGCCCCUCAGAAUGGUAUGCGCAACACACCCUUAUUAUAUCAAUAUGCUUCUCACUUAAAAUCGCAAAACCAACACCUCGGUGCACUAAACCAUCAUCAUCAAAUGCAAAUGCAAUCGAAGAGAAGAACCGAUGGGGUUCGACGAAACACUUUACAAAGAACUCAAACUUAUCACUUGACUUCACACAGUGAUUAUAACCAUCACUUGGAGAAUAUGAGUGAUGGAUAUAGGCCGCCAAUGCCAGUUUAUCAGCACAGGUCUCAACCAGAUAUUCAAGACCAAGCAGAUAGACGACAGUUACCAAUGGAAAGAAAUAUUCCAGUGCCUAAUACUUUACCUCUCAGAGAACGUAAUUCAAUCAGAAAUCCACUUCAUCUGCAAUUGCAAGUUUCAACUGAUGAUUUCAUGGAUGACAGACUAAAUUUUCCAGAUGCCAUGAGCCCAGUUAGCCAAAUGUCAGGAUAUUCACAAAGCAACUUUGAUUCUGUUAGCAUGAACAAGUUCUCACCUCUUUCUCAAGAUACAAAAAUGAAAGAAAAGCAGUGGUAUGAAACAUCACUAGAUUCCCCUACUAAAUGUGAACCAAUGCUAAAGAAAAGUGCCAGUUUGAAGCGAACACCUAGUAUAGGCAAUUCUCAAGCAUAUGAAAUAAUGAUUUCAUCAGGCCGGCACUCUGCAAUGCAGAGUCCUAACCACAUACCACAUAGUCCACCGGUGUUAUCUCCUAGUGCUGUGUCACUGGAAUCACCUAAAAACCUGACAGUUAUAGAACAAGGGAAAUGUAUACCAUAUAGAGAGGAAACAAAGCCAUUUGAAAUGUCUGAUUUCUAUAAAUACUCAACUAAAUUUAGACAAGCUAAUGCUCAGAAGUCAGUGCCGAAUUCUGCCCAUAAUAGUACAAUGUAUAAUAAAAUGCCAAUGGAGUUGCCACAAUUCAGCCAAGAUCAUUGGCAUGGACAUGGUAAC